AUGCAGGUGUCUAUCGCAUGUACUGAGCAGAACCUUCGCAGCCGGAGCAGUGAGGACCGUCUGUGUGGACCCCGGCCGGGCCCCGGGGGCGGUAACGGCGGGCUGGUCGGCGGGGGGCAUGGGAACCCUCCAGGGGGAGGAGGGUCGGGCCCCAAGGCCCGGGCCGCCGUGGUCCCCCGACCCCCGGGGCCCGCUGGGGCCCUCCGAGAGAGCACCGGCCGAGGCACUGGCAUGAAAUACAGGAACCUAGGAAAGUCUGGUCUUCGGGUAUCCUGCCUUGGCCUAGGUACCUGGGUCACAUUUGGUUCUCAGAUCUCAGAUGAGACAGCAGAGGAUGUGCUGACAGUAGCCUAUGAGCACGGUGUAAACCUGUUUGAUACCGCCGAAGUGUAUGCAGCAGGAAAGGCUGAAAGAACCCUAGGGAACAUCCUCAAGAGCAAAGGUUGGAGGAGAUCAAGCUACGUCAUCACCACCAAGAUUUUUUGGGGAGGACAGGCAGAAACCGAGCGAGGCUUGAGCCGCAAACACAUCAUUGAAGGCUUGCGAGGAUCCCUGGAGCGCCUCCAGUUGGGAUAUGUGGACAUUGUCUUUGCCAAUCGUUCAGAUCCCAACAGUCCCAUGGAGGAGAUUGUGCGAGCCAUGACCUACGUCAUCAACCAGGGCCUGGCCCUAUACUGGGGGACAUCCCAAUGGGGGGCUGCAGAAAUCAUGGAGGCCUACUCCAUGGCCAGACAGUUCAACCUGAUCCCUCCAGUGUGUGAACAAGCUGAGCACCAUCUGUUUCAGAGAGAGAAGGUGGAGAUGCAGCUGCCAGAGCUCUACCACAAGAUUGGUGUUGGUUCAGUCACCUGGUCCCCUCUGGCCUGUGGCCUCAUCACUAGCAAGUAUGAUGGGCGAGUCCCAGAUACCUGCAGGGUCACCAUCAAGGGCUACCAGUGGCACAAAGACAAAGUGCAAAGUGAGGAUGGCAAGAAACAACAAGCCAAAGUCAUGGACCUUCUCCCCAUCGCUCACCAGCUGGGCUGCACUGUGGCACAGCUUGCUAUUGCGUGGUGUCUCCGCAGUGAGGGGGUCAGCUCGGUCUUGCUGGGGGUGUCCAGUGCGGAGCAGCUGGUGGAGCACCUGGGCGCCCUGCAGGUGCUGAAUCAGCUGACCCCGCAGACGGUGAUGGAGAUAGACGGGCUCCUGGGCAACAAGCCGCAUCCCAAGAAAUAG